AUGGAAAUAAUCGAUGUUUUGGAGUUGUUCAUUGAUUGGAAAAUUAUCGCAGUCGUUGCCAUCACAAUUGCAUUUAGAUAUUACUUCAAAGGUGCACAAUUCAAGGAACGUGCUUCAGCGAAAACUUUCGUGGCUGCCGUGACCGGUUGUGACUGUGGAAUUGGCAAGCAGAUCGUGCGAGAGUUGAACUUGCGAGGCGCAAAGGUGUAUAUGCUUUGUCGAAAUGAGGAGAAAGCACAGACAGCACAAAUUGAACUUGUUAAGUUGGGAUGCUCUCCAGAUCGUUUGAUCAUUGUGCUCAUGGACUUGACGAAAUUUUCAACAAUUCGUAACGCAGCCAAACAGAUUAUUGCGGAAGAGAGCAAAUUGGACAUAUUGGUGAAUAACGCAGCGGUUAUGAUGUAUCCGAAAUUUAAGUUAACCGACGAUGGGCACGAAUUGGUUUGGCAAACCAAUUAUUUGGGUCAUUUCAUGCUUACUGAACUUCUCAAACCUCUUCUAAAAGCCGCACCAGCCGCGCGGAUUGUGAACGUCUCGGCACUGGCGCAUUUCUAUUCGGAUCCAAUAGAUUUGGAGACCAUCGAUCGACGUUACGGAUGGGAUUCAAGGCAGUCGUAUGCGAAGUCAAAACUUGCCCUGGUGAUGCAUGCACAUGAACUAACGAAACGUCUACGAGCCGAAGAAGCGUCAAGUGUAACGAUUAACGCCUGUCAUCCAGGACUUUGCUAUACUCGUUUGGUGCGAUACACACCGUUGGCUAGAAAACCUCUCAACGUUCUAUUGGCACCGUUUGCGUAUGGUUUUGCUUCAUGGUUCAUACUGAAGACACCAAAAGAUGGUGCCCAAACGCCACUCUAUGUCGCAUUGUCGAAGCACGUUUCGGGUGUUUCAGGACAAUAUUUCAGGUGCUUUCUCAACCAGUUUGUUUUCUGA